AAUGAGAUUAUUCAAAGAUCACAUGCUCGCUUUCAAGAAUCAUCCACCAACCCCAGAAGAAAAACAAAUAAUAAUAAAACUCGAAUUUUAUUUUUAAAAAUGCCAAAAAUUUAAAAUUUGAGAAUGAAUUGUGUUUAAGGAUAAUAAAAGAAACGCAUGAAUCAUAUCGAUUUACCUGUUGUCGACUAUUACUAGAGGAAUAAAAUCAGAGUGUGAAUAUCCAAUCCAGCUAUCUGAACAGAAAUUGGAGGCGUUACAAAUAAUGAAAUUAUUUUAUGUCUUGUUUAUUUAGAAUUUAAUUUUAGAACACAACAGCUCAUCAGAGAUCACAAUAAAGUGAAUAAACUCCCAUCCUUUUGUAUUUAUCAUUUUCUCAUUUUGCGGGUGUGCCUGUGAUUGGUAUACACACAGAGAGAUCCUGGUUCAAUUAGUGAUUUCUUUCCAUUUUCUGGGCCCCUUUGUUUUUUUCUUUGUGGAAUUUGUGUUAAGAGCCGUGAUGUCGAUUCCUCGAAGUGGUGAGAUUGAUGGGUUGGUGAUUCCCAACAAUUGUUGUGCCAAGAAACGUGAGAAAAUCAUUAUUGAUACGGAUCCUGGCAUUGAUGAUAGCAUGGCAAUAUUAAUGGCAUUCCAAUCUCCAGAGUUAGAGAUUUUAGGAUUAACAACAAUAUUCGGUAAUGUUGCUACAGACGAUGCCACAAGCAAUGCCUUGCUUUUGUGUGAGAUUGCUGGAUGUCCAGAUGUUCCUGUGUCUGAGGGUAGUCAUGAACCUUUAAAGAGAGGGAAACCACGUAUUGCGGACUUUGUUCAUGGUUCAGAUGGAUUAGGUAACACAUAUUUACCUCCAUCCAAGUCAAAGAAAUCAGAGAAAACUGCAUCCGAGUUUUUGGUCAAUAAAGUCUCUGAAUAUCCUGGUGAAGUCUCUAUACUUGCUUUGGGACCUUUGACGAAUUUGGCACUAGCGGUAAAGAGAGACUCAUCUUUCGCAAGGAAGGUCAAGAGAGUGGUGAUACUUGGUGGAGCUUUCUUUGCAUUGGGAAAUGUUAAUCCUGCCGCUGAAGCAAAUAUCUAUGGGGACCCAGAAGCAGCAGAUAUUGUGUUCACUUCCGGGGCAAAUAUUGAUGUUGUUGGAAUAAAUAUUACCACACAAGUCAAAUUGACAGAUGCGGACCUAGAUGAACUAAGGCAGUCAAAAGGCAGGCAUGCACAGUUAAUAUGUGAUAUGUGCAAAUUUUACAGGGACUGGCAUGUGAAAUCUGAUAGCGUAUAUGGAAUUUUUCUACACGAUCCUGUUAGUUUUGUGCUUCUUGUCCGCCCUGAUCUCUUCACAUUCAAGAAAGGAGUUGUAAGAGUCGAGACACAGGGCAUUUGUGUGGGCCAUACGCUGAUGGACCAAGGACUAAAGAAUUGGAAUUCAAGCAAUCCAUGGUCAGGCUUUUCACCUGUUUCAGUAGCAUGGACAGUUAACGUGGAGGAAGUCGUAAAUUACAUUAAGAAAAUGUUAAUGAAACAGUGAUUUCUAAGAUAUUGGUUGUUUUAUAUAUUAUAACUUUUGGGCUAUUGCUGAACUUUCAUGUAAUUCAUCCUACAUUUGUAAACUCAUUCCUCCAAUUUCUUCAUUGAAUGAAUAGUUGAAGAUGUGACACGAACAA